GAUCCUAUCUCUCUCUUGUCACUCCAAUAACUUCCCCCUAAACCAAAUCGUCAUGACUAUGGGCGAAUGAGUCGUGAGAAGCGCAUUGAGCUAAACAGAGAUGUGAAUGAGAGAGAAACGAAAGCUGCAAAGGAGAUGGAUGAUACUGAGCAUGAGCACUUGAUCGUUGAAGAUUCAGAGGAGACUGUAGGAGAUUUCCGAUCUAUCCAACGGUUACAUGGAGCUGAAGCGGGAAUUAACCAAGACGACUCCAGGCUUAGCAGGUUCGACCUACGAUGUCGGCCGAUUGGAGUCACCGGCACUAGGGAAGUGAUUGAUUGCUUCAAUCUCUAAUUUCCCAUUUAAUUCCUCUUUUUUAAUUAUUUUCUACUCUUCCUUGUGCACAAAUCAGAUGCUAAAUUAAAGCACAAGGUCGGAUUGACAUCAAUUUCAAUUACAGAUGCGUGUGUAGAGCUCUAUGGAUCCAAAGUUAUACCUAUCAAUCUAGGUCAAAUCUCAUAUUCCUUUUUAUUUGUUGACUUUGUUAAUUGGAUCGUGACUAGCUAGACUCUGUUUUGGCAUAGGUGCUUUGGCAUUGGUUGCUGCCACUAGCUAAUAUGGGACUUUGGAGAGAAUAGAGCUUGUCAAUUGUCAUUGGCAUUUGGCCAUUGUUUCUUGGUUCUGAUUUCGGCAAUUUGUACAAGAUGCAUGCUUAGGGGGUUGUUUCCUCGCCAUUUGCAGAUUGAAGUGGCUUAUUCAUAGUGAAUUUUUUUUUUUGUAGUUAGGUUGUUGAACACUUUGGUUUUGAUUUACAUUUUUUAUUUAUCUUUGACUCAAAUGUAAAAUUGUAGACUUUAAGUGUAGUUUUUUUGGUGGGACUUCAGUUUUGUCCUGGCUUGUACUCUUUUCUUUUAAUAAAGAAUUUUGUUUCUC